CAGCUAUUGAUCCUACUGUUUUAAUGGUUCUCAACUGGCAGUGCAACUUGCUGUGUGAUUAGAGAGAGAUGAGUCCCACAACAAACGAGAGUGAAGAUGGAAUGCUCUCGGAGGAUCAAACUGAUUUUCCAUUGAAUGAUGAAUGUAAUUUUGGAGGAAGUGCAGGUGGAGUUGUUCUGAAAAAAGGACCAUGGACAUCUGCAGAAGAUGCAAUUUUGAUUGAUUAUGUGAAGAAGCAUGGAGAGGGCAACUGGAAUGCUGUUCAGAAGCACUCGGGGCUGUUUCGAUGUGGCAAAAGCUGCCGAUUACGUUGGGCAAAUCACCUGAGGCCAAACUUGAAGAAAGGGGCAUUUACUCCAGAAGAGGAGCAGCUAAUCAUUGAACUUCAUGCAAAGAUGGGGAACAAAUGGGCUAGAAUGGCUGCACAUUUGCCUGGUCGUACAGAUAACGAAAUAAAAAAUUACUGGAAUACCCGGAUUAAGAGACGUCAACGUGCUGGGUUACCACUUUAUCCUCCUGAAGUGUGUUUGAAAGCAUUGCAGGAGAGCCAAAACAGUAGUGCAUUUCAUGGAGGGGAUAAGGGGCCUCAUGAUCUUUUACAAACCAACAAUUUUGAGAUACCUGAUGUCAUAUUUGACGGUUUAAAGGCCAAUCAGAAUGCCCUAAGUUAUGUCCCUGAGCUUCCUGAUAUUCCCUCUACUGGUAUGCUGGCAAAAGGUUUAGGUUCUUCUCAAUAUUUCAGUUUCAUGCCACCAUUGAUGCAUCGCCAAAAGCGUCUUCGAGAGUCAACAGCCUUGUUUUCUGGUUAUGGUGGCAGCAUUAAAAAUGACUGCCCAUUUGACCAAUUUCAGGAUGAUACUUUGAACAAGGUUGCCCAAUCCUUUGGUUUGUCUUUUCCAGUCGAUCCUGAUCCUAUAACUAAGAAUUCACAAUGUUUUGGUGUACUUCCGGGUAGCCAUACCCUUUCAAAUGGCAAUUACUCUGCUUCAGAGUCCACUUUAGGGGCUGUGAAGUUGGAGCUCCCUUCACUCCAAUAUCCAGAAUCUGAAUUAGGUAGCUGGGGCACAUCACCUUCCCCACCACCGCUGCUUGAGAAUGUUGAUGCUUUCAUCCAGUCACCACCACCAAUUGGCAGGCUUGAGUCAGACUGUCUUUCACCGCGGAAUAGCGGCCUGCUCGAUGCUUUACUUCACGAGGCAAAAACUAUAAGCAGUGCAAAGAAUCACUCAUCCGAGAAGAGUUCAAGUUCAUCAGCUCCUGGUGAUAUAGCUGAGAGUUCCACCCUGAAUAUUUGCAAGACAGAAUGGGAAAACUAUGGUGACCCCCCUUCUCCAAUGGGUCAUUCAUCAACUUCUCGUUUCAGUGAAUGUACUCCUAUUAGUGCAAGUGGAAGCUCAUUGGAUGAACCACAGCCGUCUGCCGAAACAAUUGCUGGAAGCAAUGUGAAGUCAGAACCAAUUGAACAUGUUUGGACCUCAGAGGUACAGAAAGAGACUCCACAAUUGGAGUAUCCUUGCUCUGAUACCUUGUUUGGUUCAAGUUGGCUUGAUCACGGUUCUGGUUUUGACAAGGACCACGCCAUCAUGACUGAUGCCAUAGCAACCCUUCUUGGUGAAGACUUGGGUAGUGAGUACAAGACCAUAACUCCUGGAACGUCUUCAAGUCAAGAGUGCGGGCUUGGUUCUUGCGCAUGGAAUAACAUGCCUGGUGUCUGCCAAAUGUCUGAAAUCCCUUGAGAUCUUAUAUGUCAAUUGUGUAUGAACUUCUCUAAAACUUUUUCAUGCUUUCUCCCAAUUUAUGGUUGGUUUGAUGUAGGUAGUCAGCCCAAUUACCUGCUGGACUAAAAGGUCAUUCGCAAUUAGAUUGUAAUACAGUAUUGAGUCAUGGCUUUUUUUUCUGCUCCUGGACUAGUGAAUGCAUGUGUUCCCUAUAUGGAGUUGCAUAUGGUAAAACAAAUGCAUUCAAGCUGUUGUUAUAAUUUAGAAUAACUAUGAACUUCCUGCAGCUAUGCUGAUUCAGUGAUUUUUCUUAUUUGGUGGUCUUGUUUACUUUUGUUCAACUCCAUUUUCAUUUUGUAAGGUAUCAAAAUUAAAGAGUCUGUCUUCAU